AUGUGCACCAUUAACUCCAAUUCUCUGGAAUUCCAGGCUCUUCCCACCUCGGCUUUUCCCGGCACGGAAUUCCUCACGGCCUUCAUGCAGAACGAUGAGGAAGGCACCUACCUCCAUGCCCAGCUCCUCCUCACAGCCUACUCCAUGUCCACCACGGUGAAGGUGACCGCACGCCAAGGUGCCUUCACCAACACCAUCACCCUUGGGAAUGGUGACACGGUUCCUCUCCGCCUUCCUGGGAACAUGGAGCUGGUGGGCAACCAGCUUUCAGAUAAAGCCGUCUUGAUCCAGGCCAACAAGGACAUCUCGGUGGUGGCCAUUAGCUCCAAGACCUACCCACCAUGGUUCUACCUAUGGAGAUCCUGGGUCAGAGGUAUUAUGUGCUUCCAGCUCCAAAGCCACUACGAUCUCUCUGGCACCGAGGUCAUAUCGGACAACCCUGUGGUGGUCCUCAGUGGCCAUAGCUGUGUGAAGAUCCACACGGGAUGCGACCAUGUAGUUGAGCAGCUUCUGCCUGUUGAUAGAUGGGGAAAGGUCUAUGUCAUCCCUCCCAACCCGCUGCAGAAGGACAUGGACUUGGCCUAUGUGGUGGCAGCGGAGAGGACCUCCAUCAGCUACAACAGGGGUGACUCGGUUGCCACUGAGGUCAUGGUGGCCGGGCAGGUCCGUAAGUUCCGGGUGGGCAGAAGUUCUCCUCUUCAUCUCAAUGCUUCAGCUGGGGUUCAGGUGGUUUUCUUAUUCACCGGGUCCAAGAAAGGCAUCAUCAAGCAAGACCCCUUCAUGGCCAACAUCCAACCCAUGUCCACCUACUGCAAGUCCUACCAGGUCAUCAGCAUUGCCGGCUAUGAGAACCACAUUGUCCUCACAGCCCUCAACGUGGACACCAGCUCCAUAACACUCAACCAGAAGAUGGAGAGGACCAUAUCCUGGCAACCCAUUCCCGGCACAGACUUCUCCUGGGCCACCAUCACCAUGACCAAGCCAGGGGAGAUCCAGAGUGUGGAGCACCCAAGGACACCUUUUGGGCUCCUGGACUUUGGCUUCCAGAACUAUGUUGGUUAUGGCUUCAGUGGUCUUUGUGCCACCCGUUCUCGUCCUCUUUUGUGCCAAGACUUGGCCUGCAAGGAGAGGUGCGAGAUGAUGGAUGGACAACCCAAAUGUGUCAAAGAGAUCUUCUCAACCUGCUGGGCCACCGGUGAUGCUCACUAUAGGACCUUUGACGGGCAAACUUUUGACUUCAUGGGCACCUGCACCUACAUCUUGGCCAAGACCUGUGACCCAGACCCAACCCUGCCCAUCUUCAGCAUUGAGGCCAAAAACGAGCAUCGGGGCAACCUGAAGGUCUCCUAUGUCGGUUCCGUGACCAUCCGUGUCUAUGGUGUGACCAUUGUGGUGGUCAGGUCGGAGAACGGGAUGGUGAGGGUCAACAACCACCGGUCCCACCUCCCCAUCACCCUCGCCCAUGGGAAGCUCCACCUGCAAACAAAGGGCAAGUCCAUGCUGCUUCAAACGGCCUUCAGACUGAAGGUCCUCUAUGACUGGGACGACCAUGUGGUGGUGAAGCUCCCCAGUGCCCUCGCUGGCAAAGUGUGUGGCUUAUGUGGCAACGCCAAUGGUGACCCUCAAGAUGAUGCCCUCAAACCUGAUGGCAACAUGGCCCAGGACAUGGUGGAGCUGGGAACGAGCUGGAAGGUGACCAGUGAGACCCAUCGUUGUCGGGACAACUGUGGUGGAGACUGUGACCGUUGUCAAUGGGACAUAGUGGCCAGCUACAAGGAGGAGACGUCGUGUGGGAUGUUGACCCAACGUAUGGGGCCCUUCAGGAGGUGCCACGCCACCAUCAACCCCAAUGUCUACUUGGACAACUGUAUCUAUGACCUGUGUGUCAGUGAUGGGCUCCAUACCAUGCUGUGCCAAGCUCUCGAAGCCUAUGCAGAUAGCUGCCAAGAGGAAGGGGUCACCAUUGAGGACUGGAGGACAUCGGCGCAGUGUCCUCUUCCCUGCCCCAAGAACAGCAACUACACCAUGUGCGGCACCUCCUGCCCCACCACCUGCAACCCUGCUGCGAUGCCACCUGCCUGCGACCCCAUGGCCUGUGUGGAGACCUGCCAGUGCCAGGAGGGCUUCGUGUUGGACCUCAACGAGUGCAUCCCCCAAGACCAAUGUGGUUGCGUCUUUGAGGGCCUCCUCCAUGGUCCCCACGAGGUCUUUUGGGGUGACACCAGCUGCACCAAGCGCUGUAGGUGUGACAUGGAGCUCCAAAGGCCCAUAUGUCAAUGGUCCAGCUGCAGUGAUGGAGAAGAAUGCCGGGUGGAAGAGGGCAUCCAAGACUGUUACCCCAAGAGCUAUGGGACCUGCUCUGCUGUUGGUGCCACCCAUUAUGAGACCUUCGAUGGUGGGAGCUUCGUCUUCCAAGGUUCCUGCAUCUACCAGUUCACUGGAUUGUGUGAGAAGAGCCAAGAGCUGGUGGACUUCCAAGUGUUGGUGCAGAAUGGCCAUGAGGAGGAAGCUUUGUCCUCCAUUGCUCUUGUGAUGGUCAAAGUCUAUGGCAAGACCAUUGUGGUCAAGCAGGACUAUCCUGGCAAAGUCAUGAUCAAUGACCGCUUGGUCAACCUCCCGUACCACCACCGAGACAAGAAGAUCUCCGUCUCCAGAGGUGGCCAAGAAGCCGUGGUGGAGACUGACUUUGGCCUCAUGGUCACCUAUGACUGGCAAAGCCAAGUCACGGUCUCAGUGCCCAGCACUUACUCCAACACCUUGUGUGGCCUCUGUGGGAACUACGAUGGGAACAUGGAUGAUGAGAUGACGACAAUGGUGAAGAGCAACAGUGCGACCUCCAACCUGGACGCCUAUGGAGACAAGUGGAAGGUGAUGGACAUCCCAGGUUGCAUGGAGCUAUCAAAGGUGGAAUGUCCCCAGAGGGGACAGCAACAGCAAGAAGACGACUCCAAGAUGGGUUGUGGGCUCCUCCAACAAGUAGAUGGACCUUUUGGAGCUUGCCAUGCUCAUGUAGAUGCCACCAAGUACUUCCAAAGCUGUGUCCAUGAUUCCUGCCUCUUCCCACAUCGGGAGGAGGUGGCAUGUCCCAUCAUUGCCCGCUAUGCUGCUGCCUGCCAAGCUGCUGGUGUCACCAUUGGGAUGUGGAGGACCGAGGACUUCUGCAAUAUCUCCUGUCCUCCAAGAAGCCACUAUGAGCUCUGCUCCCAACCCUGCUCCCAGACCUGCAGCACCAUCCACACAUCCAGAAGAUGCUCCAUGAAGGACCAAUGCCGGGAAGGUUGUGUGUGCGACCAAGGCUUUGUGCUCAGUGGUGACGAGUGUGUCCCCAUGUCCCAGUGUGGUUGUCACCAUCAGGACUUCUACUACAAGGCGAAUGAGACCUUCUACCCCUCCAUGCAGGAGAAGUGUCACUGCCAACCUGGUGGCAAUGUGGACUGCCAGAAGACCUCUUGUCCUGGUGACAGUGAAGGGGAAGUCAUCGAUGGGGUCUUCCAAUGUCCAUCUACUGCACCAGGGACCUGUGUGGCCACUGGUGACCGCAACUAUAUGUCCUUUGAUGGGGUGGCUUUCAACAUCUCAGGUACCUGCUCCUAUGUCCUCACGGAGACCUGCUCUGGUGACAACCUCAACCCCUUUGUGGUGAAGAUCCAGAAGGAUGCUCGGCAGAAGAAGAAGGUCUCCAGCAUCCAAACGUUGACCGUUGAGGUCCAUGGGCUCACGCUGACCUUGAUGCAAGGCAGGAGGAGUGUCAUGGUGGACUCUGUAUCCCACCACCUCCCGGCCAUCCUAAGCCAUGGUCAGGUUGAGGUCCACCAACACGGGAUGGGCAUCCUGCUUCAGACUGACUUUGGCCUCCUCAUCCGCUAUGACCUCCUCCACCACGUCAUGGUCACGGUCCCACCAAGCUACCAAGGCCACCUCUGUGGGCUCUGUGGCAACUACAAUGGCCAACGAGACGAUGAGCUUCUCCUCCCUGAUGGCCACCAAGCUCCCAAUACGAUGGUCUUUGGCUCUGCUUGGAAGACCCUUGAUGCACCUUGUGUUGACCAUUGCCCCGAGGACCAUUGUCCCAUCUGCACGGAGGAGAAGAUGAUGGUCCUCCAGAAACCCAACUAUUGUGGCCUCCUCAUGGUCCCAAAGGGACCUUUUGCCUCCUGCCACCACCUCAUUGACCCGGGCCUGUAUCUCCAAGCAUGUCUCCAUGAUGUUUGCCUUGCUGAAGGGGACACCAGUGUCCUCUGUAGGAGCAUCCAGAGCUACUCCAUUGCUUGCCAAGAUGCUGGGGUCACCAUUGAGGCUUGGAGAAGACCAUCUUUGUGCCCCCUCAAGUGCCCGGCCAACAGCAGCUACUCCCUUUGCACCAACCUCUGCACCAAGAGCUGCUCAGGGCUUGGAGAUGCCUCCAGAUGUCCUCAAAGCUGCAUGGAAGGGUGUCAGUGUGACCAAGGGUAUGUCUUUGAUGGCCAUGGCUGCGUCCCUGAGGGCCACUGUGGAUGCUUUGUGGAUGGCAAGUACUACAAGCCCCAUGAGAUGAUCCUGAAGGAGACCUGCCAACAGCGUUGUACGUGUGUCCCUGGCCAAGGCUUGACCUGUAGCAACCACAGUUGCACUGAGGAUGAGACCUGUGAGAUCAAGGAUGGGAUCAUGGGGUGCAUCAACCAAAACCCUUGCAAAGCCCUUCGGUGCCGACCCAAAGAGAGAUGCAAGUUGAAGGAUGGUCAAGCCAAAUGUGUCCCAUCCAUGGUUGCAACCUGCUGGGCUUGGGGAGAUCCCCGUUACCACACCUUUGAUGGGCUGGACUUUGACUUCCAAGGGACCUGCACCUACACCAUGGUGGAAUCCUGUGGGAAUGACACCUCCUUGGUGCCCUUCAAGGUGGAGAGCAAGAAUAACGUCCAUGGUGGGGUCAAAUCCAUCUCCUACGUCAGCUUGGUCAACAUCAAGGUCUAUGGUCAACGUAUCUCCAUCCACCAGAAGGAAAUGGGCAAAGUCAGGCUGGACGGUGUGGUGACCCUUCUGCCGGUCAGCCUGGAGGACAGCAAGCUCAAGAUCUUCCAGAGUGGCCUCAGCGCCGUGUUGGAGACUGACUUUGGCCUGAGGGUAACGUAUGACUGGAACUGGCGUCUCCUCAUCGACCUCCCCAGUAGCUUCUACAGACACACUUGUGGCCUCUGUGGCAACUUCAACCUCAAGGCAGAAGAUGACGUCCCCCAGAGCGGCACCAACCUCACCUCCAUGGUGGCCUGGGCUGAAGCUUGGAAGGUCCUUGAUGACCAUGAAGAUGACCCAUUCUGUUGGCAUUACUGCGAAGGAACCUGCCCGGUGUGUGAAGAGGAGAAGAAGGAGCUUUACGGUGGCAACCAGUAUUGUGGCCUCAUCAAGAAGAGCUUCCAAGGGCCCUUCAAAGCUUGUCAUGAUGUGGUCCCACCACAGGACUUCUACCGCAACUGCCUCUAUGAUGUGUGUAUGGGUGAUGGGGCCAAGCAGAUCUUCUGCCCUGUGUUGGAGGCCUAUGCGUCCAUCUGCAAGAAGAAUGGGGCCACCGUGCACGACUGGAGGACACCAUCAGGUUGCCCCUUACCCUGCCCUGAAAACAGCCACUAUGAAGCUUGUGGCACCUCCUGCCCGGCCACAUGCACUGACCAAGAUGCUCCCACCACAUGCACCCAACCUUGCGUGGAGACCUGCGCUUGCAACCAGGGCUAUGUCCUCAGCGGGGGCCAAUGCGUGGCCUUGGCCAGUUGUGGUUGCACCCAUGAAGGACGUUACCACCUUCCUGGUGAGGAGUUCUGGGCCGAUGAGACCUGCAGCUCUCGGUGUCGCUGUGACCCAACGUUGGCCAUGGUGGUGUGCAAGGAGAUGGCUUGUAAGCCAAGCGAGACCUGCUCAGUGGUCAAGGGCGUGAGGAGAUGCGUGGCCAAGAGUAGGUCCAUCUGCGUGGCCACCGGUGACCCCCAUUACACCACCUUUGAUGGGCACCGCUAUGACUUCAUGGGGACCUGCACCUACCAGUUGGUUGCCCUCUGCUCUGAUGACCCAACCUUGGUCCCCUUCAUGGUCACCGUUGAGAACAACAACAGGGGCAACCGUGUGGUCUCCUUCACCAAGGAGGUCACCUUGGAGGUCUACAACAUGAGCCUCAGCCUCAGCCAGGAGCACCCCAAGAAGCUCAAGGUCAACGGCAUCGUGGUGGACCUCCCCUUCAACCAUGAUGAGAAGCUCCAUGUCUACCUCAGCGGCGUCCAUGGCUUCAUCAAGACCAACUUUGAUGUCACCAUCACCUUCGAUUGGCACAGCUACGCCAGGGUCUUCCUCCCCAUCACCUACUCAAGGGCCGUGUGUGGCCUCUGUGGCAACGCCAAUGGUGACCCUCAAGACGACUUGGCUUUGCCCAAUGGCCAGUUGGCCACUGAUGAGACCCACUUUGGGGCCUCUUGGGAGGUGGCCCAUGGCCCUGGUUGCCAACCUGGUAGCGCUGAAGCUUCUCGAGGUUGCACCAAGGAGGAGAAACGGGUCUAUCGUGGUGACAAACACUGUGGCCUCCUGGUGAAGAAGACAGGACCUCUGGCCCCAUGCCACAGUGCCAUUGACCCAGCGCCAUACUUGGAUGACUGCCUCUUUGACACCUGCAUCUAUGAAGGCCACCAAGAAGCUGUUUGUAGCUCCAUCAGCGCCUACGUGACCGCGUGUCAGAGUCAAGGUGUCCGGGUCAGACCAUGGCGCACGGCAGCCUUCUGCAGUCCCACCUGCCCCCCAAACCAACACUACGAGCUCUGUGGUCCACCUUGCCCACCCACAUGCCGUGGCCAAGCUGAAGCAGAAGACUGUGAAGAACUUUCAUCGUGCACUGAAGGUUGCUUCUGUGACAAUGGCUUCUUCUUGAGCGGUGACCACUGCGUCCCCUUGUCCCAGUGUGGCUGCUGGCACCACGGUCACUACUACAAGCAAGGAGAGGACUUCAUGGCAUGUCCACGUUGUAGCCAACGUUGCAAGUGCCAAGGAGGUGGCGUGGUGGAGUGUUGGCCAGAAGCUUGUGGGGUGGACAAGGUCUGUGAGGUCCGAGAUGGGGUCUUGGGCUGCUACCCCCGUGCUUGUGGGCGCUGCGAGGUGUUUGGUGGCACCUACAGCACCUUCGAUGGCCGCCACUUGGACCUGGGUGGCAGCUGCACCCACACGCUGGUGGAGGUGGACGUGGUGGAGCCUCAGGAGGCGCUGGUGGCCUUCAAGGUGGAGGUGGACAAGGAAGGAGAAGACAUCCGGAGGGUGAUGGUCACCACGCACGGAGUCACUGUGGGCAUGGCCAGGGGGAGACAGUGGGAGGUGAUGGUAGACGGCCACCAGCACCUCCUGCCGUUGGUCCUGGCUGGUGGGACCAUAACAGUGACCCAAGAGGGCACCCACCGGGUGCUAUUGACCCAAGGAGGCCCCAAAGUCCUCUUUGAUGGUGUCUCCUACGUCCUUGUCACCCUGCCCAGCUCCUACCACCAGCGAACCCGUGGCCUCUGUGGUGACUUCAAUGGUGACCUCAGUGAUGAUAAACCCCAAGAGGACACCAACUCAACCACUUGCACCCAUGGGUUCCUCCCCACGACCUGUCCCAUGGACACCCCAGGGCUAUGUGGGGUGCUGGAGGAGGCAUCAGGACCCUUCUCUGGGUGCCACGGGGUGGUGGAACCCCAUAAGUACAUGGUUGGGUGCAUGCAGGAGCAAUGCAAGGAGCCGGGGGGCAAAGCCCUGUGUAGGAGCUUCCAGGUCUAUGCUGCUGCUUGUCAAGCUGCUGGUGGAGACCUCAAGGAUUGGAGGGACGCAGCCAACUGCCCCCUCUCCUGCCCACCCCACAGCCACUACUCCCUCUGCACCCAUAGCUGUGACCUCACCUGCGCCACCAUCUCCAUGACCCCACCAUGCACCAGCAGAUGCUUCGAGGGCUGCGAGUGCGACCAGGGCUUCCUCUUCAGUGGUGGCGAAUGUGUCCCCAUGGACUCCUGUGGGUGUCUUCACCAUGGGCGCUACUUUGAGAUCGCUGAGACCAUCAUGUCCCCCGACUGCACCGAGACCUGCACAUGCCGUGGUCCUGGUGGCCUCCAAUGUCGACCUUCUGCUUGUCCCAUUGGCCAUGCCUGUGGCCUCAUAGAUGGAGCCCGGGCUUGUGUGGAGCAACCAGGACACUGCACCUUGGCCCCAGCCACCCGCUUUGUCUCCUUCGAUGGGGCCACCGGCACCACCAUGGCCAAUGGUGUCUAUGUGGUGGCCACCUUGUGUGACCCUCAACGCUCUCCAUGGUUCCGGCUCUUGGCUGAGGUUGGAGAGGACCAAGAUCGACCAUCAGUGGUGGCCCUUCAUCUCUUCAGCCCUCGGGCCUUCAUCACUGUCAGGAGGGAGAAGAAGGUCUGGGUCAAUGGGGUCCCAGCCACCAUCCCUAUGGAGGUCUAUGGGACAUUGAACAUCACUGAGACCCGUGGAACCAUCUGGAUCACCCAAACCCCCUCACUGGACAUUGGGUUCAACCCAUCUGGGGAGGUGACAGUGAUGGUGGCCCAAGACCUAAGUGAGAAGCUCUGUGGGCUCUGUGGCAACUACGAUGGGAACGUGGCCAACGACCUCCAAGGACCUGAUGGGACAUUGGUUGGGGACGUGGCGGCAAUGGCCAAGGCAUGGAGAGCCCCAGACUUCACCCAC